GACAACGCCCAGAAGGUGCGACAGCUCGAGCACAAGAUCACGAUCCAGGCCAAGGAGGAUCGGGAGCAGCGGCAGGCCCUCCGAGAGGCCCACGAGAUGAAGGUGAAGGUUUUGGAGCUGGAGCACAAGGCCUCCGUCAAGGAGAUGGAGGAGAAGCACGAGGCCGCCCUGGCGGCCGUCAGGUCCGAUGCGCUGAACAACGCGCAGAGGGACCUGCAGAUCAUCACCACCCAGCAGAAGAAGUUGAACGAGUGGCAGACGUGCCACGAGAGCUGGGUGGCCUGUGCGGGGAAGGCGGACGCGGAGAUGGACAAGCUCCGCGCUACGGUCAAGGAGAAGGAUGCAGAGCUGGCCAAGGUCCGCAAGGAGGCAGCGGAGGAGGUGGAGAAGGCCAACUGGGCCAGGGACAAGGCGCUGGCAGAAAAGGUUGCCAUGAGGCAAAAGCUGGAGGAGAUGACGGAGGCUAUGCAGAAGAGCGUGCUGGACCCUGGUGAUAAGAAGCCUGCGCAGGUUGGGCCAAAGUUGAUAUCAGUGUUGAACCUUCUGUUCCAUGCCUUGAAUCUUGAAGAGGCCGCCGCUGCCGCUGGGUCGGAGAAGAAGGCCCCCGCCAAAAAGUCGGCUGAAGCCAAGGACAUGAGGGUCACAACAUUUUCGCAGCCAGUGUACUCGUUUCUGCUGUUGUUGGGCCAGGAUGAUUUCGCGAAGCAGCUGACGUUGAUCGCCGGGAAGAGCAAGGAGGCUCCGGAUCUGCAGGAAGUCAAAGAAGAGGAAGAGCCGGGCCCGGCAAAGAAGGAUCGCAAGAAGGCUGCUGCAGAGCCGGCAAAGAAGCCAGAAAAGGAGGAUCGCAAGAAGGCUGCUGCAGAGCCAGCGAAGAAGCCAGAAAAGGAGGAUCGCAAGAAGGCUGCUGCAGAGCCAGCGAAGAAGCCAGAAAAGGAGGAUCGCAAGCAGGGUGCCGCAGGGCCAGCAAAGAAGCCGGAAGAGGAGGCAGCAAAGAAGGCGGCCCAGGGGUCAAAGCGCAAGGGUGAUGAGAAGGAGAGCGACAAGAAGCCGGACACCGGCAAGAAGCCGAAGCUGAUCUCCGAGGACAUUCGAGAGCCAGACAAGACUACGAAGUGA